GGAGCAGUCGAGCCAGGGUCAUUGAAUAUAUUUAUGGCAGAAGUAGAUCAAUUUUUGACGACCGGGGAGUCAGAGGGUGUUGGAGCUAGGCAGCAAGGUUUUCCAACACUUAAUCUGCAGACCAAAAUUGGGUUGCUCCAGCAAAAGACACAGGCAGCAGAGCAGAAAGCAUUUGAAGCAAAGCGUAUGGCUGACCUUGCAGAGAGAGAUGCCAGGGAAAAAGACAAGGAACUGGCGGAAACACUGAUACAUCUUAGGGCAUAUGAAUCGGGUAUUUAUGGAUUGGAAAAUGCUGUUGCAGAGAUUAAGGAAUGCAAGCACCAUAUCAAGAUCCGAGAUCAUCAAAUAGAAGCAAUGACAAAGGAGAUAAACAAGCUUGAAAUGAAGAUAAAUGAUCUUUUGGAUGAAAAUGAAAAUUUCCGGCAACGCUUAGGCCUCGACACAAAUGAAAUAAUUGACCUAGGUGAAUUUAGGAAAACCAAGUACUUGAAACAGCAGCAGUUUCAAGCUGAGAACCAGGUCCUGCUAAAAGAGAUUGAACGCUUGGAGGAAGAAAGACUGGUGUUAAAGAGGCAAAUUCGUAGGAUGGCUCAAGAUAAAGGCAUGCGAGCAGGUGUGGGAGGAAUUUCAGCAGAGGACCUGGGGUUGGUGGAUUCAUUUAAUGAGAGGAUAAAUACUAACAAAGAGACAGAGCUGUCAAGUUCAGUCAACUUUGAGUUAAACCAUAAGAACCGUCAGAUACGAGGGGAGCUACUGAACAAAGAAGGAGCAUACCAGAAUGCAGAAUUCGAACUUGCCAAGCUCAACAGGCAAAUAAUGCAGAAUGAAUAUAUUUCGAGAGAACUGGAAGUAAAGGAAAAAGAAUUGGAAGAAAUGAGGACUGAAGUUGCUCAACUAAAUGCCAAAUUAAAACAACUGGUAGAAGAGAAUAAACAAUUUGAAAGUGGUAUGAAAGACAUUUUACAAGCCAUAAAAAGUACGCAAGUGGAAACCAUUUCAAAAGGAGGGGAAGAAAUCCUUAAGAUAGAAAGUCUGGAGAAACUAGUUACU